GAGGCCGGCCAGGGCGCGUAGGGGGCGGGCAACGGCAAAAUGGCGGCCUCCGGCUGGGCGCGCUCGGCCGCGGUGCUCCUCUGUGCAUCCAGCCUGCUGGUGCUCCUGCCGCCGCCGAGGGCCUACGCCUCCGAGGGCCCGGCCCGCACGCCCGGCGAGGCCGCCGCACCCGCCCGCAAGAAGAAGGACAUCCGCGACUACAACGAUGCGGACAUGGCGCGGCUGCUGGAACAGUGGGAGAAGGAUGAUGACAUAGAAGAAGGCGAUCUCCCAGAGCACAAGAGACCCUCGGCCCCCAUCGACUUCUCGCAGAUAGACCCGGGCAAGCCCGAGAGCAUCCUGAGAAUGACCAAGAAGGGGAAGACGCUCAUGAUGUUCGCCACCGUGUCGGGGAGCCCCACAGAGAAGGAGACGGAGGAGAUCACCAGCCUGUGGCAGGGCAGCCUCUUCAACGCCAACUAUGACGUGCAGAGGUUCAUCGUGGGGUCAGACCGCGCCAUCUUCAUGCUGCGUGACGGGGGCUAUGCCUGGGAGAUCAAGGACUUCCUGGUCAGUCAAGACAGAUGCGCCGACGUCACUCUGGAGGGACAGGUGUACCCCGGCAAAGGAGGAGGAGGCCAAGAGAAGAAUAAAACGAAGCAGGAGAAGGGCAGGAAGAAGGAGGGGGACCCCGAAGCUCGGGCUUCCAAGGAGGACAACCGAGCCAGGAGUGAAAGAGAAGACCUGUAGUGGGGCAGCCGGCCAGGGGUGUGGGGGGGCGGGCACCUGCGCACCCGUGGGAUCCUGCCCAGUUUGUGGUCAGUGUAAGUACAUCACGGUUUAAAAGCCUUGACAUAAGGCAGGUUUGUCACUAACAUUGAACAUGGACAAAUGGGAGUUCACUAUAAAAUCACGUCCGGUGGUCACCUGGACGUGUCACUUUCCCCAUGACACCUGGGGUCCCGGACACUCCCGUGGCCCCGCUGUGCCCGCUCUGUGCCAGUGGCCCGCCGUGCCGUCUGUUAGCCGAAGGGCACCAGGUUCUAGUCAAACUCCUGAGACUCUCGACUUAACGAAUCGGCUCUUUGUGUCGCAAACAUCAUUCUCAUGGGUGUGAACGCAAAAUGUGCCACGGGGACUCUAGCACCGAAAUACCCAGUCGACGCCAGGGUGUGUAAAUCCCGAACCUAUGCAGAAAUAAUGUGACUUGGAAAUCCUUAGUUUUACUUUGAAUUUCUUUGACUUGAAUCCCUCUUGCCAAAGAGGACUCGGUGUCAGUCAGGUUUUAUGUGGUCUGUGAAGUCCAGGGGUUCCGUUGUGUGUCCUUAUUUAGGAAACGGUAAUGCUGGUGUUGGGGUCCAUGUUUUCCUUUGAUGUGAUGGUUUUGAAGGGUGUGGGUUGGGAGUUGGCAGAGUCCUCCGCAGCGUGGCAUAGGACUGGGAGCCUCGUGUGCUUGUGAACACCUUUGAUAAAGUGCCUGAACCAGU